UAUCGCAUAGAAAACAUUGCUAAUAGCAGCCACACACAACCUAGCACUAUAAGAUUUGCAAAAGACGAAAACAGUGAAAGCGGUGUGAAAAAGCAGGCGAAUAGAGAUAAGAAACAAAAUACAAAAGUCAACGCAAGCAGCAGCGGCGCAGCGUCAACUCAGCGCUAGCCGCUGGGGCUGGUUUUAAAUGGAUUAAGCGUUGCUCGCACAACCAGAUAACAAUACACCAGGGGGAAGUGAAGCGAGAGCGCGGACAGCACCGGAACAGUACGGAGCCAUGUCUUCGGCCGUUAACAUACAAAUCGUAUCAAUGCCGAAUCUGGCCAAGAUCGAAAACUUUUUCAAGGAUGUCAGCUACCGUGAGACGAUCGAAUAUAGCGCCAAUUUUAACACACGCCUCUGCAUCGAACGGCGAUUACGAUUGCCAUUUCUCGAUCCACAAACGGGCGUUGCGCAGAAUCACUCACAGCUAUUCAUGGACAAGCGACAGCGAAUGCCUGGCUUUCGCCAGGGCCAGAUCUACACGUAUCCUGCGGCUCGUUGGCGUAAAAGUCGCCGCCAGUACUUGACCAAGAUGUACAGGUCUACUCCACCACAAACUUGCAGCCGGUUUCCCGAGCGUCCCUUUCAGGCGCUUCGCAAGGAGCACGAAGCGCUAGUGGCUAGUGGCAUUAAUAUUGGUGGCACUGCUAUCAGCGGCACUGCCAGCAUAGCCAGCACUAACAGCAGCAGUUCCACGCUAAGCCUCAAUAUGCUGACGGGUGGCGGCGCAUCGACAACGCCGACCGUUCUGAGCACGCUGCACAAUGAUACAACGCAUGACUUCAACGGAGCGUUCAGCAUGGAGGAGUCUUGUUCGCUGGGCGCCGCCGGCGGUGACACAUCCGAUAGCAAAGACAGUCAAUUGCAAACGCAACAGCAGCAGCAACAACAACAACAGCAGCAGCAGCAACAACAGCAGAGUCAAUCAAAAGAUGAUUUGCCCAAGGAGUGGUUCUACGAUGAAAUGGACAUGAAUGAUGUAGAUUCGCUGGAGGAUCCGAAGUCUCCAGCAGACGAUGAAUACGAUUACGAUCCGCGAUAUGGUAACAAAAAGCGACGCAAACGCCGGCCGGGCAAACGUGGAUCGACACAUGCCAGCAAUGAAACUGCCACUGCUAGCAACAGCAACAGCGCGCGCCGACGCAGCGCUGUGACGCGAACGCGCGUUACUACCACAGAUGCGGCGCUGGAUGCGUCACUGGAAGCGAUUGAGGCGGGUGACAUUGGCGGCACGCCGACAUCCAGCGGUGGACGCAGAUCUCGCGGCGCUGGCACACGGGGCAGGCGACGUGCCAAGGGUACACCAACAGGCAACAACACCACUGGCACCAGUGGCAUGCCCAGCAAUACAUGUGAUCCGCCCAGUCCGGGCCUGGUUAAUGAACCGCCAUCGUUCGAGAGUGCCGCCGCGGCUGUCGGCGUGGGUGGCGUCGGCGUUGAGGAUGGCAAUGCGCAUUUGCGCAAUUAUCGCAAGUAUCUGUAACGCUAGGAUCAGCCCAUGUAGGUGGCAUUUCGUAUGGACCACAUUCACCCACUACCUAACCUACCUAUCAAUCUAUCUAAUUAACUGUUUAUCGCAUUCGUUUCAUAAACGGCGAUUCACUAUUUUUUUCAACUUAUUAGUAAUUUAAAAUUAGCGUAAGACCUAGUUUUUAUUAGUUCCUUAUUCGAGUCCAGCACCUGACUAGACCAGACCAGACAAACCAGGACAAAACACAUCCAAGCAGGCGUAGCAAAAUUUUUAUUCUACUGGUAACUCUGUCGCCUAUCUAAUUGUACGUUCCCAUAGCCAAUUUAUUGUUGAUAACCUAUAUACAUAUAUAUAUAUAAAUCUAUAUACAUACAAACAAACAC